AUGGGAGGGCCUCAGGCGGGAAUGGGAUAUGUGGCGGUACCUCUUAAUUCCGGGGAUGUUCGAGAUUUUAAAAAGGAAAUGGGGAGUUUGCUAGAAGACCCGUUGGGAGUAGCGGAGCAGAUUGACCAAUUUUUCGGGCCCAAUGCUCGGAGGUUUCCCUUUCGGAACCUGUGUGUUUGGAGAUGUUGGAGGAGACCAAGGAGGAGGACACCCAGGAGGAAGAGACAUGAGGAAGAUGUGGAGUCUCUGCACAGCCUUGAGGAGACUGUGCCCAAGCCAACCAAGGAAGAUGUGGAGACUCCAGAGCGCGUUGAGGAGAGUCCAGAGCGCGUUGUAAGCAAGACAAGAGAGGAAGAUGCGGAGGCUCCAGAGCACAUUGACCAGACUACAAGCAAGAUUAGAGAGGAAGACACAGAGAGUCAAGAGCUCAUUGAGAACACUCCAAGCAAGGUAACGGAGGAAGACAUGGAGACUCAAGAGCGCAUUGAGAACAGCCUAAGCAAUAUAACAGAGGAAGACACCGAGACUGCAGAGUGCAUAGAGGAGACUCCAGGCAAGCCAGCUGAAGAAGACAUGGAGACUCCACAGAGCCUGGAAGAGAAUGUGAGGAAACAACCUGGGGAAGAUGUGGAGGUUCCACAGAGCAUUCAAGAGAGCACAACUGAGGAUGGCGCUGAAGACGCACAAGAAGGAGCUGUUGACUGUGACACCCUGAGAAGAGCGCAGAUCCAGCAGACUGAGGGUGAAGGAGCAAGAUGGCUCGGGGCUGAAGGAGACCAGUUACCUGCAGAACACGCUGUCAGCCCGGACGAGACGUGCAAAAGCAGGGCCCUGAAAGCUGCAACUUUGGAAAAGCUGGUGGAGACGCUUCCCUUGGCAUUUGCGGAUAAUGACUUUACAUACAUCAACACCUUCCUCUCAACGUACAGGGCCUUUGCUUCCACCAGCACAGUCCUGGAGCUGCUCCUGGACAGAUACGGAAACCUGGAGAUCUCGGGCUCUGAAGAGCGUGGAAGCCAGAAUUCCCCCGGAUCCAGCACAGUGCUCAGGACUGCGAUUGCAUCGAUUUUACAAGCCUGGCUCGACCAAUGUGCCGAGGAUUUCCAAGAGCCGCCCGACCACGUGUGUCUGCUGAAGGUGCUGAGUUACCUGAAGAAGAACAUGCCCGGCUCUGACCCGGAGAAGAGGGCGCAGAACCUCCUGGAGCAGUUCCAGAAAGAAGAACUGGAGAAUGAUGACGCGUUCCACAGCCUUUCUCCCUGCAACCUGGAUGAGGAAGAGGAACUGGAGAUCAGCGGUGCACAAGAAUUCUCAUUGUUCCAAGAAGAGCUGGUGGCAGAACAGCUGACGUACAUGGACGCGACACUCUUCAAGAACGUUGUGCCCCACCACUGCCUGGGCUGCAUCUGGUCCCGCAGGGACAAGCAAGAGAACAAACACCUGGCACAGAGCAUCAGAGCCACCAUCUCGCAGUUCAACGCCGUCACCAACUGCGUGGUCAGCACCGUCCUGGACAGCAGAGAAUUAAAGACACGGCAACGAGCGAAGACCUUGGAGAAGUGGAUCCGUAUCGCACGUCAAUGUAGGAUCCUGAACAACUUUUCGUCUUUGAAGGCCAUUGUUUCCGCACUGCAGUCCACCUCCGUUUAUCGCCUGAAGAAGACCUGGGCCUGCGUUCCAAAGGACACAAUGCUGAUGUUCGAAGAGCUCUCAGAAAUCUUCUCCGACUGUGACAACUUUGCGACGAGCAGGGAGCUGCUGCUGAAGGGAGUCACCCAAGGCACGGUACCUUACCUGGGUACCUUCCUCACAGACCUCGUCAUGCUGGACACAGCCCUUCAGGACUAUCUCGAGGGCGGCCUGAUCAACUUUGAGAAGCGGCGAAGGGUGAGUGGAACGUUGACUGUUCUGUGGUCGUUAGUUGCUGACGCUCUCUGCUAGAGCGUUCUCUUGGCGAGGCCUGUUGUCUUUGCUCGGGCGUAUCCAACAGCCGCUCACGUUACUGCAGAUGGUGAGUGUGAGUGUGAGCGCACGACGUGCAGAGCCGGGGAGGAUCAGGCUCUGCUGUCAUCACAGGCACCUCUAGUUAUGUCCCUCGCUUAGUGCCUGAGAACCAGCUCCGUACAGAGCGGGAUUCCUCUCUCGGCGCCGCUCUGGCCACGCAGGGCUGAGCGGGAAGGCUGAGCUGCAGAGCUGCAUUGUUGGAAACAGUGGUUCUGGACAUGGUCACUUCUGCA